AUGCCUGGCCUAUUAGUGACACCCGAGAUGAAGUUCAAGACCCUCAAGAUUAAGAAGCUCCAUCCAACCUUCGCUGCCGAGAUUGGAGGGGUCGAAUUCGACAAACCGAUUCCGAACGAUGUGUUCCAAGAGAUCCUGGCAGCUUCUGCAAAGGUACUUGCCGAUAGAAGGGCGUCAAUCCCUGUGUUCAUCCAACUGCCGCCGACCCUGUUGUUGUUUCGUCAGUAUGGCGUAAUUGUAUUCCGGAAGACUGGGCUCGAUGACACUGGGCAUGUCGAAUUCUCUCGUCGGUUCGGCAGAUUGGACGACAUGAGGCCAUACAUGACGGACGGCAGCGAACCUCAAUACGGGUAUUAUGAGCUCUUCGAUGCAGGGAAUAUCGAUCCGAACACAGGCUCGGUCCUGCAGCCUGACAGCCCGCGCGCCCAGUAUAACAAAGGCAACGCUCUGUUCCAUAUCGACUCUUCCUUCAACAACCCCCGGCGGGUGUCAUAUUCCAUCCUGAAAGCCCACGAACUGCCACCCGCAGGUACGGGCGGCAACACUGGUUUCGCGGAUACCCGGACCGCUUUCGAAGAACUGAAUCCUCAAUUGAAGACCGAAUUGUUGGAGCAUGACUACAUCGGUGCCCACUCACUGUACUCCUCACGCAAAAAGGCAGCGCCUGAGUAUUUCAAGGAUGUCGAUGUUAAAAAACUCUCCAUGCAUAAGCAUCGUAUUGUGCAGAACCACGAGCCUUCAGGUCGAAUGACCCUGUAUAUCGCUGCUCAUAUGGACCACAUCGAAAAUCUUCCACCACAGAAGUCAAGGGAAUUGAUAGAGAAGCUCGUGACACACGCAACGCAGGAAAGUACGUUCUGCGUCAUGCACCGAGUCGAGGGCGGUUCGUUUGAAGGGCAAUAUAGAAGAGAUUUGCGCAGAACCGCUGUACACGACGACAGCAGUGAGGCUUAG